GAGAGAAAGAAAGAGUGAGAGUGAGAGAGGGAGGAGAGAGAGAGAGAGAGAAGAGAAACAAAGACGAGGCUUUCUUAUUCGGAAGACGAAAGAAAGAAAAGCGACGUCUGAAAGCGAGGCGAAAGCGGGUGGAGUGGGGACAAUAUGAGUGAAAUGACGAGUGUCGAACAACAACAACAGCAGCAGCAACAACAGUACGUAGGUGGCAGUUCGAAUCCGGAGCAUCAUUGCAAGGAUUGCGGUCUUUAUUUCGAAAGCGAUAAAAGUCUGGAAGUGCACCUGCGAUACCACCAGGAGAACCUGCUAAGUCAGUGGGCGAGCCAGGCCCAACAGGAGGAGAGUAACAACAACAACAGUAAAGCUGGUAAUCAUAAUAGUCACGUGGGUGUUAAACGCGAUAGCGUGACCGCACCGGCGGACUCGAGCGAAUCUUCCUCGAGGCCGCCCUCGCAAGAUCCUACGUCCUCUCAACAAUCAUCGACGCAACAACAACAACAGCAGCAGCAGCAGCAACAACAACAGCAGCAGCAGCAGCAACAGACUCAUCAUCAUCAACAACAGCAACAGGCCUCUGGUCCGAGUUAUAAUCAUUUUCAAACGCCGAUGUUCGGCGAGACGAAUUAUUUUAUGCAGAACGAUCAGGCCUACAUAUUGCCCCAUCCCCAUUACGCAUCACCGCCCAGGGAAGAUAACAGUGGUGGGGGUGGGGGUAGUGGCGGUGGGAGUUAUUCGCGUUAUCAUCCGUACCAACAUCAACAACAUUUUCCACCGGAACGCACCAGUUCCGUAAGCUCCACCAGUCCAAGAAGCCCGCCUCUGCAAUGUGACAAGUGCGGUGCAGUGUACGAGGACGCGAAUCAAUUGGGUGAACACGUAAGAACGAGCCAUUCCAACUCGCCCGGCCCGUAUCCCGGGCAACAUCAACAAUAUCAACAAUUGGGCAACAGUCCUCAGCAACAAAAUCAACAACAAAUGCAUCCGUCGCCACCGCAGUCGAGCCAGCAGCAGCAGGCACAGCAACAACAACAACAACAACAACAACAGACCGGUUACGACUACAACGGAGGGCAACCGGUGAAACUGGACGUGAAACAGGAACCGGACGAACAGGCGGAAAUUCUCGAUCUGGAUUCGCACAAAGUGCAGACUCACAGAUACGAGGAGGAGUUGAUGAGACUUCAUCAGCAACAGCAACAAGAGCUGCACAUGCAGAUGCAUCAGCAGCAGGUGAUGCAUCAGCAGCAUCAACAGCAGCAACGUAGCGGAUCGCAUUCGGUGAGUUCCAUGCUGGGCUGGCCACCGGCCGCUCAAUCCCACGAUUAUCACGGGUUGUCGUCAAUGGGCCCGAUGGAAAGCGUCUCGCCACUCUCCGAUCAGAGUCAAUUCAUACGGGGGCAACACAUGGGGGUGGAACCACCCCGGCAUCCGGGCUCCCCGAUUAUCACGAGCACGCAACCGAUGCCGGGCCAUCAGAUGCCCGGCGGUCUGUUGCAACAACCGCCGAAACCCCCACCUUUGGCGAAUCAAUCGUGGAAAAGUAACGAGGCGCGGCGGCCAAAGACCUACAACUGCACCGCGUGCAACAAGUGGUUCACCAGCUCGGGCCAUCUGAAGAGGCACUACAACACCACGUUGCACAAGAAUGCGGUGAAACAGAGCAAUCAACCGGAUCCGGCCAACUUGCCGAUCAGCGCCCAUCACCAUCCUGGUAGGGACAGCCAUUCCGGCGGCAGGGCCGGGGGACCACCACCUAGAUCGCCGGAGUUAUCCUCUUCCGGGAGUCCCCCAAACUUGAUGGCAGGUCCCUCGGGCGAGGCGGCGAGGGGCCUGCUCCACACGCCCACCAGUCUCUACAACAACAGCAACAACAGCAGCAGCAACAACAACAACAACAACAAUCAUUCCAACAACAGCAGCAGCAGCAGCAGCAGCGAAUCGGCGGCGGGACUAACGCAACAAUCGGCGGGUUCGGCGGUCCACUUGGGCUCAACAAUGGUACCGGCGCUCAAUUCCCCGGUCCAAUCCCCGUUGGCGGGUCACCAUCAGCAGCAACAAAUGGGUUCCCCGUCCUCUCAGCUGGGCCAUCAGCAGCAGCAACAGCAGCAACUUCAUCACCUGCCAAUGGGUUCGCCGUCGGGCCAACUUCCGGCCCACCAUCCCAUGAGUUCUCCCAUAUCGCCCAUGCAUCCACCGCCGGCACCCCACCUGAAUUCCCCUUCGCCAAUGGGCUCGUCCCACCCGCACCACCACAUGACUUCUCCAUCUCCCAUAACGCCGGCCUCGGUCCACCCAGCAAUGGCUUCGCCCACAGCGAUGGGGGGUACUACGAUGCCUCAUCAGCCGUACCCAAACGCCUUGCCCCCCCACGUUAUAACUACUACCAACAUCCCGGGCCUGCUGGAGUCUAUCACCAUCCAGCUAACUACUACUGGUAAUGAGAUGAACGAGUUAUCGCUCUCGGGCCAAUCUCAACACCAGCACGAGCAACACAAUCAACAACAACAGUUGCAACAACAGCAACAACAGAAUCAUCAUCAUCACCAGCAGCAAUCUCAGGAUGUUUUACCCGGUUUCGGGACCUUUAGCAACCAUCAAAGGCCCCUUCCGAGCUUCACUCAGUUCAACGUAGCCGGGUUUUUGAUCGGCCAAAAUCAAGCGCAGGCCGUUAACGUGGGGGGGCUGAAUUCGGAGGAGAACGUCUCUCCUCAAGAUCGAUCGUUCGAAUCGCCCGAAUCGAACUUCGUCCCGUAUAGAACUUCGACGCCUCGAUACGAAUCGUUGGCCAACAUGGACCCGCAAGCGGUCGAAAUGCAACCGAACACGGACGGCAUGAUCAUCAAACAGUACCAAUUUCAAACCCAUCAUCAUUUGCCGCCGCACUCGAUUCACCAGUCCAGCCGGGACCACCACGAGGCGAACAACAAUCUGCCCAGCAAUAAUUCGAUGAUUCAAGGGAAGGAGGAGUUGAAUCCGAACGUGGGCAGACAAUUCGAGAAGAGUUCGUACAAAUCGAAGAGCGGAACCGUGAUCACCAAGGAACAUCAGGUGACCAGUACGAACACCGGUUCGCACUACAUUUCCCAGGACGGCUUUCACAAGUGCAUCGAAUGCGACAAGGUAUUCAACAAGGCUUGCUACCUGACGCAACACAACAAGAGCUUCCACUCUGGCGACAAGCCGUUCAAAUGCAAUCAGUGUGGUAAGAGGUUCCCCCUCGAGUACCUGCACGCGGAGCACCUGCAGAAGCACGCCGGUGACAAGCCAUACAAGUGCGAGAUAUGCCCCAAGCAGUUCAACCACAAAACUGACCUUAGGCGGCACUUGUGCCUCCACACCGGCGAAAAGCCGUACGCCUGUGAUAAUUGCGGCAAGGGAUUCAUCAGGAAGGACCACAUGAUGAAGCACCUCGAGACGCACAAAAAGAAAAACAAUAACCACAACGUCCAUCUUAGGGCGUGAUUCGAGAGGAGUUCGAGCAUCGUGGACGGAAGGGAACGACGGUGGACCCCGUUAUCCGACCAUCUUCGCCUUCGUAGUCGUAGUCGUCUUCGUCUUCGUUGUCGUCGUCGUCGUCGUCGUCGCCGCCGCUAUCAAUCGGAAAAAAAGAAGGUGAGAUCGGUUCCACAAUCGUGUGUGAUACAGCGAGAUCGUUCCAUCGUUGCGAUUUCUUCAUCGAUCCUUCCAUCGUGUUUAAAUUCGAUCGGAGACUCGACCCGGGACUCGAGUGCACAUCCGUUCGAUCGUGAUCAAAUUUUCUAAUUUAUCCUUAUCGAUCUUUUCGAGAUCCAUCUUUCCAUUCUUUUUUUCUUUUCUUUUUUUUCUUUCUUUUUCUUCUCCCGGGUAACGACCAAACAAUCGUACAUACUCGCGUGUUAUUUGAUUCGACGAGAGAAACAAGAUCCGUUCGUGCCGUUGUUCCUCAACGUGUUGGUUAGUUUUUUUUUUUCCCCCCCCCCUUCUUUUCUUUUUAUCUUUUAUUAAUAUCUUGUCGUUCGUACAGAUAAUGAUAUUGUCGGGUAUAAGAUAAGAUCUCGCCGAGUCUUUUCAUCAACGAGUGACAACGGUACUCGUCGAAAGGAUAUUGAUUUUUCUUUUGCUCAACGAUGUAUUGAUAUUUAUUUCAUCUCGAAUCGAUAUUUACCACGUUUCAACGCGAUAUAUGGUAUAACGGAUUCGUACGAAACAUAGAUCGCGAAAUUUUCAUUCGCGUUUUUGCAACAUCGAGAUCGAUUGAAAAAGAUAUCUGAAAUUUAAAGAAAAAGAAAAAGAAAAAGAAAAGCAUGGAGCGUUGCGAUACACGGAGUCGAUCGUGAAAUGAUCGGCGAGAGAUCUGUUCUCUCACCGAUUGCUCGACUCGGUGGAUCGCUGCGCUUCCACCGAGUCUGACAAAAUGGAGUCCGGUAAACAUGUUCUCGAACCCACGAUUCACUCGAGAAAAUCGAAUAAUCGAGCGCUCUCGAAUGAUAAUAAUUUCGAAAGUGAAAAAAAAGAAAAAAAAAAAGAAGAAGAAAAAAAAAGACAAAAAAAAAAAUAGAAAAGAAACGCGCAAUGGAGAUUUCUGAUGCGCCGUCGAACCUUCGAAGCUUAUCAAUUGUACAAAAUAUGUUAAAUGUAUAGUCGUAUAAUUAAUCUAUAAUUAUUAAUUAUUAUCACUGUAAUUAUUGAAUAUCGUUUAGAAAGUGAUUACAAAACUUAUACAUAAUACUCGUAUUUUAUAGCGUAUUAUAUUAGUAUACUUUUAUCGAGGGAGAGAAAAAAAAUAAAAUGAUUGAUAGAUACGAUAUUCGC